AAUUUAUUUUCCGAUUGUCAUCGUUGUUGAUUUUUUUUGUGUAAAUCCAUUUUAUCGUUCCAAGAUGCCGGCCAAAGCAGUGUGCGUACUCAAAGGAGAUGUCUCAGGCACAGUUUUUUUCGACCAGCAAGAUGACAAGGGCCCUGUAGUAGUUUCCGGAGAAGUCUCAGGCUUGUCCAAGGGCAAACACGGCUUCCACGUGCACGAGUUCGGCGACAACACCAACGGCUGCACGUCGGCCGGCGCGCACUUCAACCCCGCCAAGCAGGAGCACGGCGCGCCCGACGCCGCCGUGCGCCACGUAGGCGACCUUGGCAACAUCGUGGCCACGGCCGACGGCGGCGUCACUAAGGUCUGCAUCCAGGACUCGCAAAUCUCCCUCGUGGGCCCCAACAGCAUCAUCGGGCGUACCCUUGUGGUGCACGCGGACCCUGAUGACUUGGGGGUAGGGGGCCACGAGCUCAGCAAGACUACCGGCAACGCGGGCGCGCGCAUCGCCUGCGGGGUCAUCGGCCUCGCCAAGAUCUAAGCAACUACCCGCGGUGUUGGCAGUCGAAUUUGAUAACGCAAAGCCUAAGACCUUAACCGUAGACUUGUAGUCUGGUCAGUUAUGUUACCAAUGCAUUGAAAUAGAAUACUUCAUUGUAUACCGACCAAACUGAUCUUACUGAUGGGUAACAUCUCAUUACAUUUGGAAUGGUGAAGGAUGCGACGCAAAAAAAUAUUGAAAGAAAGGCUGAUAAAAGAACAAAUAAUAAUUUGACUGCAUAAUUUUGUGAUGAUAAAGGAAUAUAUUUUAAGAAUAGCAUUUAUUUAUUAAGUAGAUAUCAAAUUCGACUUUCAAUACUAAGAUGUAUCCCAGUGGUUUACGAUUCUUCAUAUUCUAUCCUUGUUAUUUUAAGUAUUGUUAAAUCUUUUAACCACUAUGGAUUUAUGGUUGAUUUAAGGAAUAUAGUAUGUAAGGUUUUAAAGUUCUGUGCCCAUAGCAUUCCUUGCAUUUCCGAAAGAAGUGGUUUGCAUUUUUUGUUAUUUUUCUUAUGGUGCAGGCGAACAUAAGUGGUUAUAAAUAAAAUCUUUUUUAUUUUA